AUGGUGAUUGGUCGGGACAUCAUGACGUCAUUGGGCAUUGUGCUUGAUUUCAAAAAAAGCGAUUACGAAUUUCUCGAAGAAAGCAAAGAAAUUGCUGAAAGUGCAGUUCAACCAGAAGAACUCAUGCCCGACACACUACCCAACUCUCUCGCCGACGAAUAUCAUCAGCUUCUUCGUGAUAACGAGAGCUUGUACGAUGGUCACUUGGGAAGGAUGAGAUUUGAAGAUUACAUCUUGCCUAUCUCACCUGACUACAAGCCCGUUCACGCUAAGCCAUAUCCUGUCCCACGUAGCCUCGAAGGAAAGGCGCAAGAGCUAAUUCAACAUCUAGUUAGCAUCGUCGUACUGGAGAAGAUCUACGAUUCGGAAAUGGCAUCGCCAGUUUUUUUUCUGAAGAAACCCAACGGUUCACUUCGUCUACUGAUUGACUUUCGUGGGCUCAACCGAUUUUUGCAGCGCAGCCCAUAUUACGUACCACGUAUUCGAGUUUAUUAUUACGUCUCGCGGAAGCAAAGUGUCUUUCUACGCUGGAUGCAAACAUGA